GAGCUGGAAACCGCUAGAACGUGAUCAGUAGAUUUGUUCAACGGAGUAGAUUCGUUUGAAUGAUUCGUUUUGACGUGCCUGUUCGGAUAAACAUUCACUGAUUCUUUUGAUGUAGCACUCGAAAGUGUUUCCAGCAGUGCUUCUCUCGUUUUAUUGUUUUCAAUUAUUGUCCUAUAAAUGACGAUAUACAGACAAGUUUUACUUAAGAGUUUCUGCUAAAGUCUAACCUUUGUGAAUCUUUUUGACCGAAUCAUUAAAAAAAGAAUCGGUUCCAAAGAACGAUUCCUCGCCAAUCGGAUCUCCUCCGUCAGCGCUCGGCUGUAAUACAAAUCACCACGCCCGUGAAAUCGAUCAUUAAACGCGACCAUCAGCGAGCGAUGGCUCAAGCAAAAAUCAACGCUAAACUGAAUGAUGGAUCCAAAGGGAAAUUCAGCAGAACCAUAUCAAUGGCGGACCGCUCCGGACGCUUACUGGAAAAUCUGGAUCAGAUUGAAAUGAGGGUGGAGGCAUUACGUGAGGCGGCCACUGCUAUGGAGCAAGAGAGAGAGAGCUUAAUUGAGACCAUCCAUUUGAUACAAAACAGUCAGGAAAUGAGGACCAUUUGUGACGGGGAAAAGGAAGAGCUCUCUCUGACUGCCAACAGACUUAUGAGCAGGACGUUAACGGUGUCGGUUUCUGUCGACACGAUCCGAAACGCCCAACAAGAGGAGGCCUUGAAGAAAGUCACAGCCAUUAUUGAUGAGAUUGCUGCUAAAAUGCUUGAGGAUUUGGAGGGAGCCAGAGGAAGACUACAGGCCCUUCACGCCGCAUGUGUGACUGAAGCACCACCUGUGCCUAUUGAUCAGAAGUUUCAGACUGUCAUCAUCAGCUGCGCCCUGGAAGAUCAGAAGAAAAUCAAGCGACGUCUGGAGACUCUUAUCAGGAACGUGGACAAUGCAGAGAAAACCAUUAAAAUCAUGGAUAAUCAGAAAGUUGAUCAGCCCGGUCUUGCCAAUGGCAAAUAGGAGUUAAGAAAACCCACCCAAGUGCCUUUUUUAGCAUCUGUAGGUGCAAAUGCCACCAAACACAGCUGAUAUAUAAAGGUCUUCUAUAAUGAAGCUUUAUUACCACUUAUGGCCUCUUAAUCACAUGCAUUUCUCUUUUACCUCACUGCAUUUAACUUAAAGUUCCCAUUAUAAAUGUUUACAUGAUAUAUUGACCCCUCACAUUUUUAUUUUGUUUUUAAUAAUUAUUAUCAUCUUUGUUUUUGUUUUACUAACCCAUAUGAAGCAAUGUGAAUGGAAAGGUUGUUGUGAACUGAUCCUGUUCAGAUCCACUAUAGCAGGUGUCUCCAACCCUGCUUCUGGUGAGCUAUCGUCCUGUAGACUUCAGCUCGUAAUUAUCAAACAACCCUGAACCAAAGCCAUUAAGAACAAGAGUUCUGACACCAGAAGUUCAAAAAGCUUAUAGUGAACCAUUGAAAUACAUUGAGUUCAAGGCAAGUAAUUUUCAAGAAAUGCAUAGAUUUAUAAUAUUUCUAUAUCACACAGAUAUGUGCAGCAGGGAUUAUUUUUAAGUAGUUACGUUAACAUUGUUUUAUGACAAAUAAAAUUCACUAAUAUGAGAAGAUUAGUAUGGUCAGCUGCCUGGUAUGUGCCUUGUUAACAUGUUUUAUGCUGCCUCCAACAACUUUAAAGCUUUAAAAUGCAUCACACUGUGUAUAAUGUAAGCUUAUAAUGUUUGUGCAUGUUUAUAAUGACAAUUGACUUUGAGCUGUGUGUAUAUCACCGUGUGCCUGUUUGAUUUAUAAAUAUACAAGGAACAAGAUUAAAAAGAAGACUCGUAAGGCACUUAUUCAUUUAAUUUUUUGUAAAUGAAUUGUAAUACCACUUGCUUAUGGUCGUAUAUGAACAUCUGAUGGGAGAUGCAUCACUUUCAAUUAUUAAUAAUCCCUGCAUGUAUUAAUAAUAAUAAUAAUCAUCAUAAUAUAUAUUUUAUUAAAGGUGGGGUGCAUGAUUUUUGAAAAAAUACUUUGGAAAAGGGAGUCGGGCCGAGUACCAAAGCACACAGUCAAUAGAGACAGAGCGCAAUGGGUCAUAACCUGAAAACCACGCCCACCAAGGGGAAAACAAUCCAUCCGUACUGACUUUGUAUUGCGAGAGGCCGACUUUUUGUCAUGUCUAGCUUACAACAAAAAAAGAAUAAUGCCUAAAAGCUGCUGUAUGACAGGGUGUACAGCUAACAAGCCAAAAAACCCAGAAAUAAGUUUUUAUAAGCUGUCGACCCCAAACAAUUAGCAUUUAAAGACACAAAAGUGGAAAAAGGCAACUUUUCAUAGUACUACUAUUAAUAGAACUGCACCCACUAGGGGGAAACGUAGUCAGCGAUCCACGUUGUUCUCCUCAAAGGCUGAGUUUAACAGCUUGACAGCUUAU